CCCAGAUAGGAGGAGAGAACAGAGAGAGUGUGUGUGAAGGAUGCAGGCUCUGAGCUCUAUCGAGUUGUUCCGCAGAGACUUGGCCGAGCAGCCGGUACUGUUCGAAGAGCAUUCAGGAGUGAGGAAGGUGAUCUUGAACCGGCCUUCCAAGUUGAACUCCCUCACCCUCGAAAUGAUUUCUCAGAUGUUUAGCAAGUUGAAGGUCUACGAGGACGAUCCGACCGUCAACGUUGUUAUCUUGAAGGCAAACGGGAAAGCAUUUUGUGCGGGUGGUGAUGUUUUCCAAAAUAUCUGCUCCAUGUUAACAGGACACUGGAGCUUCGGAGCAAGCUUUUACAAGAAACAACUCACCUUGGAUCACCUGAUAGCCACCUAUACAAAGCCUUUGGUAUGCCUCAUCAACGGAGUUGUAAUGGGCGGUGGUGCUGGACUCUCCAUGCACGCGAGAUUUCGAGUCGUGACAGAGAAGACGGUAUUUGCAAUGCCUGAAGCAGUACUCGGAAUCUUUCCGGAUGUGGGUGCAUCUCAUUUCCUAUCCAAGCUUCCCGGUUACUUUGGUGAAUAUCUAGGAUUAACCGGAGCACGGGUCGAUGGAGAAACAAUGCUUGCAUGUGGCCUCGCAACUCAUUUUGUCUUUUCAAAGGAUCUUCCUCUUUUAGAACACGCUUUCUCUUCGGUGGAUUCAUCAAAUGCAUUAGAAAUUUCAUCGGUCAUCAACAAGUAUGCGCACAAAUCCGAUACGAAAGAGGAAGAUCUUCACAAAAGAUUGAAGAGCAUAAACAGAUGUUUCUCAAGACAAACUGUGGAGGGCAUAUUACGUUCUCUCGAGAAAGAGUUGCUAGAUAACUUGGCAGAGAAUUGGAUCAUCGAGGCAGUGAACAGUAUGAAGUCUGCUAGUCCGACCAGCCUAAAGAUUUCUCUGAGAUCGAUAAGAGAAGGACGUGGUCAGACGAUUGAACAAUGUCUAGCUCGGGACUACACCGUCUAUUGCAACGUCGUGCGAAGGAAGAUCACCAAUGACUACUAUGAGGGUUCAAGGGCAAUUUUUUUCGAUAAAGACAAAAGGCCCAAGUGGGAGCCGCCAAAGUUAGAGUUAGUCGGAGCAGAGAUGGUGGAUAUGCUAUUCAAAGCAUUGGAGGAUGAUGACGAUUGGAAUUGUCUACAGCUCCCUGCACGGUCCUCCGACAUGCUUGACCACACGAGAUCGAAGCUCUGAAUGAACCUAUUUGUGACACAACUCACACAUAUUGCAAUACAGCAAACUGGAAACUGUGACAUCAGUAACCACGUAAACACAACUCAGAUAUAUUGGCCUGCAUUUGUAAUGUGACAGUCUUAUUUGUCAAAAUCACACGAGACAACUCAAGCUUUCCUGAUUAACUUCCUGUCUAAAUCUUAGCUUUUGAUGAAUACUUUCGCCUGUGGGAAUCACAUUGCCCUCUAAAUUACAAGCAACGAAGAGGAAUAAUUGCUGUCGAUGCAUCUAAAGAUAGAACAGCGCAGU